UUCCACUGCAUGACUGUGGAUAAUCGCAGCAGCACUUUCGCUCCUGUAUACUCAGCCACGAUGAAGACCGCCUUGAGGUUAACCAUUACCUUGCUUGGAACAUACCUCUUUUUUUGGAUCCUACGAGCUGCAUAUAGACUUUUCUUCCAUCCGCUAUCACGCUAUCCGGGUCCACUUCUUGCGGCCAUUUCGAAGCCAUGGUAUGAAUGGUAUUGGAACUUCUAUCAGAAGGGACAGUUGGUGUUUGAGAUCGAGCGACUCCACGAACGUUUAGGGCCCGUGAUCCGCAUUGCUCCCAAUGAACUCCAUAUCAACGAUCCCGACAUGUUCCUUGAGAUCACCAAGGUCGGUUCGCAAUUCACCAAAGAUCCAGGCUUCUACGACUACAUCACCUUUCCGGGCACCUCGAUCGGAGAGACAGACCCCAUUCGUCAUCGGAUUCGACGGCAGGUCCUCACACCUGCUUUCUCUCCUCUACGCGUGCAGGAGAUCGCUCCCAUGGUAAGAGCCAAGGUCGACCGACUACUUGAGCGUUUCGACGAAUUCGCUGCUCGCUCUGAACCUGUCAACAUGUUCAGAGCAACAAAAGCAUUUACCAUGGACGUCGUCUCUACAAUCGUCUUUGGAAAGGGACUCGGAUGUAUUGACGAUCCUGAAUUUCGCAACCAAUUCAUCGAGUAUCUCCAUUCCACAUUCGAAAUGGGCUGGACUGCCACUGCGUUCCCCAAUCUCACUGCCUUUUCACUCUCUUUACCUGAGUGGGUGUCGGAGAAACUUUUCCCCAUACCCAUCAUGGAGUUUAAGAAGAAAUGCAUUGGGCUCAUGGACAACUACCUUCAAGACCGCGAUGCGCCAACCCUCCACGCCCAAAAUGGAGCGAACAAGAAGACCGACUUCGACAGGUCCAUCGCCAUUGACCUGCUAGUCGACCCCGAGUCGGCGAAGGACCACAGCACGCUUGAUGCCAGCCAGCUGGCAGAAGAAGUUAUCAUGCUGCUGUCAGCCGGCAACGAUACUACAUCCGAUGCCAUGAUCUCUGGCACCUAUCAGAUCCUCAAGCACUCCGAAAUACACGAAAAACUCGCUCAAGAGCUCCAACAAGCGUUCCCCAGUGUACACGACGACAUUACAUACGAGAGGAUCAAGAAGCUGCCGUAUCUGACAGCAGUCAUAAAGGAGAUAUUGAGGUACAGUAGCCCACUACCUGGGAAAGCUCCUCGGAUUGUGCCCCAAGAUGGCUGGACGCUUUAUGGCCAUAAGCUUCCGCCCAAGACCGUCAUCAAUACGUCAGCUUACCUUCUCAACAAGCACCAGAGAGUUUGGUCCGAACCAAGUAAAUUUAUCCCCGAACGCUGGCUCGAAGGAGACUCUGCACAUCUCGACAAAUACAUGGCGAGCUUCUACCGUGGCACGAGACAAUGUCUCGGCAAAGACCUUGCGUUCUGCGAGAUGUACACCUUGCUGGCAAAUCUUUUCAGAAAGUUCCAUGUGGAGAUUCACAAUACGACUGAUGACGAUAUGAAAUGGAUUGAUCUUCUAUUCACAUACUUCGUCGGUCGGAACCUCCACGUGGCCCUUCGGAGGCGAGUGGAAUGAGGACGCAAUUGGGUACUCCGUUUGUAACGGUCGGGAUGAUGGGAGCAGUUUGAGAACUAUGGCAACGGCGUGAAGCAGCAAUGAGGUAAUACAAGUUACUUAACAAAAUCCUUCACUAUCCAUGCCGCUAUAUAUUUGUACCAU